CUAUGUUCGAGGCGCGGGUUGGACUGUCUCUCCGAAAGAGAUCGAGGAAUUCGUGCUAGUUCUCUCUCUCUUUCUAUUUUGGAGUACGUAUUUUGAUGAUAGCUCGUAUAGAAGAUUAAAAAUACAACAUAGUGUGACUAAUUCUUUGCAUUUCCGGUCGUAAAAACUACAUCUAGCCCAUGAUCACGGCCUCAUUUACAGUGCAACCGCGAAUUUCGCGCAUUUUACAUGUAUUUAAACCUAACCUGCUCGUCCUCCAGGGAAAAGGCCUUCGAAAAUUGUCUGCCUUGAUAAAAAAAAACAUCGCCUAAUAGUUUUCCGUACGUAGCAUGAUUUAAUUCUGAGGCUUGGGCUGUUCAAGCGGAAAAAAUGGCCAAUACCGGAGUUUUACCAUUCGUCCGAGGUGUCGACUUUAGCAGAAAUGAUUUUGGAGAAGGGAAAUUCCCAGAAUCAGUUCGUUUGAUGACAGGAAUACAAUGGCUAAAGCUAGACCAUACAAACCUGGUGGAAAUACCAGUGGAAAUGGGAAAGCUGUUAAAGCUGGAACAUUUAUCUUUAACGAAAAACAGACUAGAGAAAUUAUUUGGAGAAUUAACUGAACUAGGAUGCUUAAGGACAUUAAACAUACGUCAGAAUAAUAUCAAAUCUAGUGGAAUCCCAGCUCAGUUAUUUCAUUUAGAAGAAUUAACAACCUUAGACAUUAGCAAGAACAAUUUACAUGAAGUUCCAGAAGGACUUGAAAAGGCCCGCUCAUUACUUAAUCUUAAUUUAAGUCAUAAUCACAUUGAAACAAUUCCAAAUACUCUAUUUAUUCAUUUAACUGAUCUGUUGUUCCUGGACCUCAGUUAUAAUCAGUUAGAAACGUUACCUCCUCAAACUCGUAGAUUAGCCAACUUACAAAGUUUAAAUUUAAAUCACAAUCCCCUCGGACAUUUCCAGCUAAGACAACUACCAUCUUUGAUGAAUUUAACUACACUACAAAUGCGUGAUACUCAACGUACUCUAAACAAUAUUCCCUUGAGCUUAGAAAGUUUAACCAACUUGCAAGAAUUAGAUUUAUCACAAAAUGCCUUGCCUAGAGUACCAGAUGCUCUUUAUUCUCUCCCAAAUCUUCGUCGACUUAAUUUAAGUGAUAAUCAAAUUUCUGAACUGGAACGGAAAGAUCAGACUAUUGAAAUGUGGCAAAAAUUAGAAAUUUUGAAUCUUUGUAGAAACAAACUGACAGCAUUACCUGUAUCUCUUUGCAAAAUUUCAUCAUUAAAAAGAUUAUAUGUGAAUGAUAAUGAAUUAGAUUUUAAAGGUAUUCCUUCUGGCAUUGGUAAACUAUCAUCCUUACAAGUUUUUUCUGCAGCUAAAAAUCGGUUGGAAAUGAUUCCAGAAGGGCUUUGCAGAUGUGGAUCAUUGAAACAGUUAAUCUUAACAUCCAACAGACUUAUAACCUUACCAGAUGCUAUACAUUUACUUACAGAUUUAGAAUGCCUUGAUUUAAGAGAUAAUCCCAAUUUGACAAUGCCACCAAAACCUAUAGAAGUUCAAAGAGGAGCAGGAAUUGAAUUUUAUAAUAUAGAUUUUUCUUUGCAACAUCAAUUACGACUCGCUGGAGCAAAUAUACCUGCGCCUGCACAAACAGCUAAUAGCAGUAAAGAUCCUAUAGCUCGAAAAAUGAGAUUAAGGCGAAGGCGUGAUCAAGAAGAAGCUGAUCAAGAUCAAGCUAAAAUUUUAAAGGGUAUGAAAGAUAUUGCAAAAGAAAAAAAUAAGGACAGCAAUUGGGAAGAUGCAAAAGCAGAAUCAUUAAAACCGAAAAGAUGGGAUGAAACACUAGAAAAACCUCCUUUAGAUUAUUCUGAAUUCUUUGAUGAAGAUGCAGGACAAGGACCUGGCUUAUCUAUAUGGGAAAUUGAAAACUUCCUACCAAACCAAAUAGAAGAAGUUGCUCACGGUAAAUUUUAUGAGGGCGAUUGUUAUAUCGUUCUAAAAACUAGCAUUGAUGAGAGUGGUUCAAUGAUAUGGGCAAUUUAUUUCUGGAUUGGAGAUAAAGCUACACUUGACAAACGGGCGUGUGCUGCAAUUCACGCUGUAAAUUUACGAAAUUUUCUCGGUGCACAAUGUCGAACAAUAAGAGAAGAACAAGGGGAUGAAUCAGACGAAUUUUUAAUGCUUUUCGAAUCUGGGAUUACAUACAUCGAAGGUGGAAGAACUUCGUCUGGUUUUUACACCGUAGAAGACACGCCAAAAAUUUUGAGGCUCUACCGGGUUCAUGCUGCUGGGGCUUCUAUUCAUUUAGAGCCAGUUGCUGUAUGUGCAGAGUCGCUAGAUCCUAAUUAUGUGUUUGUUCUGGAUUGUGGUAAAAAUAUUUAUAUGUGGUAUGGAAAAAAGGCAAAAAAUACAUUGAAAUCAAAAUCGAGAUUAAUGGCCGAAAAGAUCAACAAAAACGAAAGAAAAAAUAAAUCUGAAAUAAUAACAGAAAUGAUGGGUUCAGAGUCUGAAGAAUUCUGGAAGAGUUUAGGCGCGAAAGGUCCAGUAAAGCCAGUGGAACAUGUUGAUCCAGAUUUCACACCUGUUGUACCAAGACUGUAUCAAGUUAGAUUAGGAAUGGGUUACCUGGAAUUACCUCAAGUUGAGGUGCCUCAUGGAAAACUAGUCAAUACUCUUCUUAAUAACCGAAAUGUUUAUAUUUUAGACUGUUAUUUGGAUGUUUAUGUUUGGUUUGGGAAGAAGUCAACUAGAUUAGUAAGAGCAGCUGCAGUUAAGUUGUCUCAAGAAUUAUUUAACAUGAUUCAAAGACCAGAGUAUGCAUUGGUCACAAGAUUGCAAGAAGGAACAGAGUCUCAAAUAUUUAAGAGUAAGUUUACUGGUUGGGAUGAAAUCAUCGCGGUGGAUUUCACAAGAACUGCUGAAUCUGUAGCCAAGACUGGUGCUGAUUUGACAAAAUGGGCGAAACAACAAGAAACUAAGGCGGACCUCACUGCAUUAUUCAUGCCUCGUCAACCACUCAUGUCUCCAACAGAAGCACAACAACUGAUGGUUGAAUGGAAUGAGGAUUUAGAAGCAAUGGAAGCCUUUGUUUUAGAAGGCAAAAAGUUUGUGCGACUACCAGAAGAAGAGUUGGGACACUUUUACAGCGGAGACUGUUAUGUUUUUCUUUGUAGAUACUGGAUGCCUCUGGAUGUCAAUGAAAAUGACAAUGAAGAAGAACAGUGUGAAGAUGAUUUCCAAUGCAUGGUUUAUUUCUGGCAAGGAAGAGAUGCUGGCAAUAUGGGAUGGUUAACAUUUACAUUCAGUUUGCAAAAGAAAUUCAAAUCUUUAUUUGGUGAAAAAUUAGAAGUAGUAAGAACUCAUCAGCAGCAAGAGAAUCUGAAAUUCAUGGCUCACUUUAAGAGAAAAUUUAUUAUCCACCAAGGUAAGAGGAAAGAAGUGAAAUCAAAAGAUCCAAACCAAGUGGAAUUUUAUCAUUUACGAAGCAAUGGUAGUACUUUAUGUACAAGACUGAUACAAAUCACUCCAGACGCGAGCUUAUUAAAUUCUGCCUUCUGUUACAUCUUAAACGUACCGUUUAAUAAUGACGAUGAAACGGGAAUAGUCUAUGUCUGGAUUGGUUCUAAAUGUGAUAAUGAAGAUGCAAGAUUAAUUGAAGAAAUUGCAGAGGAAAUGUUUAACAACCCUUGGAUUAGCCUUCAAAUUUUAAAUGAAGGGGAAGAGCCUGAAAACUUCUUUUGGGUGGCAUUGGGGGGUAAGAAACCUUACGACACGGAUGCUGAAUUCAUGAAAUACACUAGACUGUUUCGAUGUUCUAAUGAAAAAGGAUACUUUGCAAUUAGUGAGAAAUGUACAGAUUUUUGUCAGGAUGAUUUAGCAGAUGAUGAUAUUAUGAUACUCGAUAACGGCAAACAAGUAUAUUUCUGGCCUGGACCUCGAUGUUCAGAUGUGGAAAUUAAAUUAGCCUACAAAUCAAUAAUGGUUUAUAUUCAACAUUUGAGAGUCAAGCAGCCUGAAAAACCUCGAAGGUGUCUUCCAGCUUGGAAGUGGAGAGAACCGCCUGAUUUCACCAAAUGCUUCCAUGGAUGGGGUUUGCACAAAAGACCACUAGAUUAAUUAAUUCAGGUUUUUAUUUGUAUGCAAUUUAAUUGUAAUUAUAAGGUCUUCCUUCAUGGACACACAGCAAUGGUCCAUAUUUAAACAACGACAAAUCACCAUUCUACUGCAAAUAAUGGGCAUUUAACUUUAUUGAAAGGUAUUUGAUAAUAUUGAUUUAAUACAUUGUGAGAUUCAAUUUACAAAAAUGCUCUUUUAAGCACCUAGAAUAAUUUCAUUGAUCAAAAUUAUACUCAUGUUAGCUUUUCCAAACACUAAACUUAAUUUAUUAACUUUUAUUAAUGGAAAUUGCAGUUAUAAUCCAACUAAGAAGAAUGUGUUCAUCAAAAAUACAUUAUAAUAAGCAUUUCUAGAAAAGUUUUAAAAUUUUAUAAGCAUUUUACACAUUAUUGUGAUGAGCGAAUCGAAGAAAAAUUUUAUGAAAGUACUUGUAUAACUUAUCAAGUUGAAACUUGAAAUUAAAUACAUUUAACGUUUGAUUCUACUAUAUUAACAUUAUAAAUAAUAAUGUUACAAGUUUGCAAAAAACGAAAAUUUAACACUGGUUCAAUAGCCGUGGAUAAAUUAUCUCCAGAAAUGCUUAUUGGGUUUUAUGCAAUCAAAAAUUAAAGUAAUUAAAUGGCCAAAUUGAAUAAAAAUAUUUUAAUUUUAAACUUUAUUUUACAUUUAUGGUGCUGUUCAAUCUACAAAGUAAUCGUACCAUAAAUUUUCACAAAUAUUAAUUCUUGUAAAUAUGUAUAGCAAGUGAAUAGUAUCUUGUAUAAAUAUGACAGAAAAUUUGUUGUUAAAAAUAGUGUUUUAUAAAUUUAUUCAUACUUUGUCUUUGCGAAACUUUAUGCUGAAAAUUUCUAAUUUGAUGAUGAUACAUUAGGCAGGCCGCAUAAAAAAUUGUUAACGUUUUAAAACCAAUUAGAUUCGAUAUAUAAUUUUUAAAGCAUAAAAAGAAACUAAAACGAAUAAUUAAGAAGGCAAAACUGAAAUGAAACACUAUAAGAAUUUAUUAAUGAGGUAUUGUGAGAGUAUUAAGAAAUUCUCAGUACUGUACUAUUGUACAAUAUUUAUUUAUUUAUAAUUUCGUUUUUACUUAAAAACAUAAACAUUUGUACACAUUAAUAAGUCAUGUAAUUAUUUUUCACUCUAAUAUCAGUUGUAUUUAUAAAUAAAUAAAUUUUACUAUUUAAAAA